AUGGACGGUGCCGACAGGCUGCGCAAGGAGGCUUUCGUCUCCCACCUCACCGGAACAAGCGUCCAGGAGGUGCUGGCAGUCAGCCUCGUGAUGCCGCUCAUGGCGCUGCCAGCGUCCGUCUUGCAGGAGUGGCUGGAACGAAGGGGGGUUCGCUAUUGGCCACUUGGAUUUGGGGCUAAUUUCAUGGCACUGGUGCUGCCUUUCCUGGGUGCUGUUAUGGGUGGAUUCAUCCCCACAUACAGCUCUUGGGUUGCUGUGGCCCUCUGUAUGGCCUGCUCGAUGUUGCGCAAGGAGGAGGACCAUGAAAGGGCUUGGGCAGCUGCUAAAUUGCAGAAGCUGGGGACUGUGCAUCGCAAAUACAUCGCCUCCUAUCGGGGAGCGCUGAUGCUGAGCACAUGCACAACAAUCCUGGCUGUGGACUUUCCAGCCUUUCCACGCAGGUUUGCUAAAGUGGAGCGUUACGGCACCGGGCUCAUGGAUGUGGGUCCAGGGUCUUUCGUGAUGGCCAGUGGGAUAGUUUCCCAAGCUGGCAGAGGAAUGGGGAUUGGAGGAUCGCUGAUUCCCAGGUCCACGAGGCUGAAUAUGGAGCGCACUGGAACUUUUUCUUUACACUCGCCUCCGUGGGCUUCUUGA